AUGGACAUGCUUCAGCUCUCCUGCAUCCAAAUAGCCAUAGCCUUCCUCUUGUUCACUCAAGCCAAGAGCACUACAGAGGAGACAUCUCUUCUGCAUCCAAACGAUACGAACACCACCUGUAUCUCCAAUGAGAGGUCUGCCCUUCUCACCUUCAGGGCAGGUCUAUCAGACCCUGCCAACCUCCUUUCGUCAUGGAAGGAUCAUGACUGCUGCCGAUGGAAGGGCGUCUAUUGCCGCAACAGAAACAGCCAUGUUGUCAGGCUGGAUCUGCAAGGCACUUAUUGCAAAAGCGGCGAUAGGACGCAGGUGCUAGCAGGCAAUAUAAGCUCCUCAUUGCUUGAUUUACAGCAUCUGCGGUAUCUCGAUCUCAGUUGCAACAGCUUCGACAAGAUACAAAUACCGGAGUUCAUGGGUUCUCUCCAUAAGUUGAGAUAUCUCGACCUAUCAUGGUCACAGUUCAUUGGAAGGAUACCGCCGCAGCUCGGUAAUCUCUCCAACUUAAGAUACUUAAAUCUUAGAACCGAAUAUUAUGAGAGUUAUGAUUAUUCUUUCCAUCAUGGAACAUACUCCACUGAUAUCACAUGGUUGUCACGGUUAACUUCCCUUGAGCACCUAGAUAUGACUGAAGUGAACCUCAGUACAAUUGCUCACUGGCUUCCCGUGGUGAACAUGCUUCCAACUCUGAAAGUUCUUCGCCUUCCCCUUUGCCAGCUUAGAAGUAGCCCUGAUUCUCUUCUGCUCCCAAAUCUGUCAUCUCUUGAAACACUAGACUUUUCAGGCAACCACCUUCAUAAACGUAGUGCACCCAACUGGUUUUGGGAUUUAACUGGCCUCAAGAAUCUAGAUAUCUCGUUCAAUGAUUUCUAUGGACCGUUUCCGGAUGAGAUAGGUAAUAUGACCUCCAUUGUGGAGCUUGAUUUAGCAGCAAACAACCUUGUGGGCAUGAUACCAUCCAACUUAAAGAACCUAUGUAAUCUGGAGAGAUUCGUUUCUUUCAUGAACAAUAUCAACGGGAGUAUAACAGAGUUAUUCCAUCGAUUACCCAGCUGUUCACAGAAUAAACUACAAAAGUUGUUUCUACCAUAUAGCAAUCUGACUGGAAGCCUGCCGACUACACUAGUAGAGCCCUUGAGAAACCUGAGCUGGAUGGAUCUCAGUGAUAACAAACUCAAUGGUCAUGUGCCGGUGUGGAUAGGAGAGCUCACACAGCUAACAACCUUGGUGCUUAACUCUAAUAACCUGGACGGGGUCAUGCAUGAAGGCCAUUUAUCACGUCUAGCUAUGUUAGAGGAAUUGACAUUGUCAGACAACUCCAUUGCCAUCACAGUGAGUCCAACUUGGGUUCCUCCUUUCAGCCUAAAUUGGAUUGGACUUCGGUCAUGCCAGCUAGGGCCUAAAUUCCCAAUGUGGCUUAGAUGGCAAGCACCCGUACGGAGUCUUGAUAUAUCAAACGCAAGAAUAAAUGACAUGGUACCAGGUUGGUUUUGGAUAGCAACUUCCUCAGCAGACUAUCUGAAUAUUCGAAAUAAUCAGAUUACAGGAGCGCUCCCAUCAACAAUGGAAUUUAUGAGAGCAGAGGUAAUGGAUUUCAGUUCUAACCAGCUUCGUGGUCCAAUACCUAAACUUCCCAUCAAUCUAACCGACCUGGAUCUCAGUCGGAACAAUCUAGUUGGGCCACUACCAUUAGACUUUGGGGCGCCAGGGCUUGAAACACUAGUUCUAUAUAACAACAUGAUCUCUGGGGCCAUUCCAUCUUCUUUGUGCAGAUUGCGAUCAUUGUGGUUGUUAGAUCUAUCAAGAAAUAACCUCAAUGAAUCAAUUACCGAUUGCCUAGUCAACAAGUCCAGCACAAACAUGACAGAUCUGACUCUGAGCAUCGUUAAUCUAAGCUUGAGAAACAACAACCUCUCUGGUGAAUUUCCUUCACUUCUCCAGAAAUGUCCACAACUCAUCUUUCUUGAUCUUGGAUAUAAUCAAUUCUUUGGGACUUUACCAGCAUGGAUUGGGGAGAAGCUAUCAUCUUUGUCAUUCUUACGACUGAGAUCCAAUAUGUUUCAUGGUCAAAUUCCAGUCGAGCUUACGAAGCUUGUUGAUCUUCAGUAUCUGGACCUUGCAUACAAUAAUUUAUCAGGGAGCAUACCGAGAUCUAUUGUUAAUUGUACAGGCAUGACACAAACAAGAGACAACUUUGAUGAUCUUCAGAAUGCGUUAACUUCUGGAAGAGAGUAUGGUGAAAAUCAAGCAGUUGACUAUGCUGAGAAUUUCACGAUACUCAUGAAAGGUCAAGAGAGACUAUAUACAGGAGAAAUCAUAUAUAUGGUGAAUCUUGAUUUAUCUUGUAACAAUAUUACCGGAGAGAUCCCUGCAGAAAUUGGUGCUCUUGUAGCAUUGAAAAACCUGAACUUAUCAUGGAACAACUUCAGCAGAAAAAUCCCUGAGAAUAUUGGCGCCUUAAUUCAAGUGGAGUCACUUGACCUAUCACACAAUGAUUUGUCUGGUGAAAUCCCUUCAAGCUUAUCGGCUCUCACGUCACUGAGUCGCUUGAACCUGUCCUACAACAAUCUGAGAGGAAAGAUACCAACAGGAAAUCAACUGCAAACACUCGAAGACCCAGAAUCUAUUUAUAUCGGCAACCCGGGCCUUUGUGGCCCUCCACUAUCGUGGAAUUGUUCAGAGCCUGAGCCAGUUCCGUCUACUCGAGACCGAGAGCACCAGGAACAUGGACUCAGCGACAUGGUUUUGCUUUUGUUCCUCAUAGGUUCUGGAUAUGUGAUGGGUCUAUGGGUGGUCUUCUGCACCUUCUUGUUCAAGAGAAGAUAGAGUGCUGCUUGGUACUUGCUCUGUGAUAGCCUGUAUGACUGGGUUUAUCUACAAGUGGCUGUUACCUAGGCUUCCUUGAGAGGUAAAAUUAAUGGAUAGAAGCUGAGAUGAGAUGACCAUCAACUGGUUAUUGGUUUGCUCUCAUGUAAUGCUUUUGAGAUUUAUCAUGAAUGUAUCAAUCAAUGUUUAGGUAUUGUACUAGAACUAGUCAGUAUAUGUAUUCAAGGCGCAUUCCAUCGACUGAGAUUGGUAUGCUGCUUUUCGUAUUGUACUAGAACCAGCAUUGGUUCUUGGUUUGAUAUACUCUGGAGAUUUAUCAUGAAUGUAUCAAUCGAUAUUCCAGUGUAUUGUACUGGAACAAGUCAUGCGCAUGUAUGUAUUCUAGGUGCACUGUAUUGGA